CAUCAUUGUUAUUUUCAGUGGGGCUACAGCUUAGAGGUGGAUAAAGUUCGUCUCCACGUUGGAAGUGAUUGAAAGUAUUACCCGUUUUCGGAGUGUUAUUGUUAUUUUUAGUUGUUGGAGCGGGAGGACAAUCCAACACAGGAGGUUUGACGCACAGAAGCUCGGCGGCGGAAGAAACGUUUUUGUUUUGUCGAUGCCCGCACGGUUCACAAAGGAAAACUUUUCUCGGGACGCAAAGUUGUCAAGUGAGUUAAACUCCCAACAAAAGGCAGCAUCCGCCUCGGGACAGUGGGCAGAUCGUCACAGAACAUACCGUAAAAACAACAGAAAUCGGACUCUUGGUUCAAACUCUACUGUUUGGACGGGAUUUGGAAGGAAAGUUUAUGUCUAGAAAAAUCCGUAAAAUGGAAGCGACGUUCUACGACGAAGCUGUAAAUGCCUCCAACUCCCAGCAUGACGGGGCGGCUGUGUACGGGUUCAACCCCAAAACACUGAAACAAACCAUGACCCUGAACCUAAACGACCCGAAAAACUUCAAGCCCCAGCUGGGGGCGAAGGCCCUGGACAUUCUCACUUCGCCCGACGUCGGUUUACUGAAGCUGGCGUCGCCGGAGUUGGAGAGACUCAUCAUCCAGUCCUGCAGCGGGCUGACGACCCCCACCCCGACCCAGUUCAUCUGCCCCAAGAACGUCAGCGACGAGCAGGAGGGCUUCGCCGAAGGGUUCGUGAGGGCCCUAGCUGAGCUCCACUACCAGCAGAUCCCCGCCGCCCACCCUGACGCUCAGACCGGCGGGACCAGCGGGGUGGCACCCGGCGCGGCUCCGUGCGAAGGCGGCGGGAUUCCCUACAGCUGCACGGUGCGCACGGAGCCGCCCGAAUACACCAACCUGGCCGGUUUUAGCCGAACCGUGGGCUCCGCGUCCGCACCUGUCGCGGAGAGGCACCCGCCUACAAGUUACCCGGGAGCCCCGCAGCCGCCACACAACCACACGGACCACCAGCUGGCGGCAGCGGCGCAACAGCAGCAGCACCCGCGGUUGCAGGCGCUCAAGGAGGAGCCGCAAACGGUGCCCGAGAUGUCCGGCGAGACGCCUCCGCUCUCCCCGAUCGACAUGGAGAACCAGGAGCGCAUCAAGGCGGAGAGGAAGCGCAUGAGGAACCGAGUGGCCGCGUCCAAGUGCCGGAAAAGGAAGUUGGAGAGGAUCUCCCGACUGGAGGACAGGGUCAAGAACCUGAAAACCCAGAACACAGAGCUGGUUUCCUCCGCCAACGUCCUUCGAGACGAGCUGGCUCUGCUCAAGCAGAAGGUCAUGGACCACGUCAACAGCGGCUGUCAGCUCAUCCUGACGCAGCAGCUCCAAGCCUACUAGGCUGCGGAGACUGACGGAGCCAAUAAGGGACCAAAUGCAACUUCAGAUGGCUGCUUGAGACCCCCCCACCCCCACCGACAGCACACAGACACGAACUGUUUUGGCUCGGUCGGUGUAAUAGGAAGCCAACACCUGUUAUGUUGCAGACGCACAGAGCUGAGUGAAACUUUUGCUCCUAUAGUCUGCCCACUUCUGAAUUUCACUACAUUUUUUUUUUUUAUUAUUGCUACAAGAACUUGUAGGUCACGCGUGGAAACUGUGCACCUCGUCACAGGAACUGAGGUGGCGUGGGGAUACAGCUGCACACGGUGAAACACAAUGACAGCUCGCGCACCAUUUAAAGAAGAAGAAGAAAAAACACUAACAGCUGUCACACCUUCCAGACGGUUUUUAUUCUUAUUAUCUUCUAGGUGUGUGUAGCUUACUGACAGCUGCCUUACUUUCAGAACACUCUUCUUCAUACGACUUUUUAAUACGUGUGUAACUUGUUAGCCCUAAAAAAAACAACAACAUAAUUCUUUGUAAUAUUUGUACGCUGCAUUUUUGAGCACUUAACUGUAAAUAAGGCUAAAUGAAUAAAAGAAAAGUUGAACAUA